AUGAACGAAACGGCCGCCCGGUUGAUGCCGCCGGUCAGUGGGAUCGACCUGAAUCGACCCUCCGGCUCCCCGAUAGACCAGAAACCGGCGAAUGUCUGGGCCAGCGGCGCUCAAAUGUUGAACCUCUCCCCUCCAGCCGGCGAUCAAGCCGCGAUGCUCGGCAUCAAUUCCGAACCGAUGCAGAGCAGCUCGGGGGCGAUGUCACGCGAAAAUGAGGAGAGCUGGGCCUCCGACCUCGACAAGAGUGGCGACGACAUCUCGGGUGACCCAGAAGGAGUGUGGUCUGCCGACAUCGAGCAGGCAUUCCAAGAAGCCCUCAACAUCUAUCCGCCAUGCCGAAACGAGCUGAUCGCACGCUAUAUUAAAAUACGAUGCGGGAAAUCGCGGACGCGGAAACAGGUGAGCAGCCACAUCCAGGUGCUCGCCCGCAAGAAGAUGAGGGAGGGCAAGGGGAUGAAGCAUGACCCCGGAUCACCACAAGGCCCCGCCUCCGCCCCUGUUCAUCUACCAACCCCCGCAUCGACGGCUUCAUCCACCUCGCCAAGGGACCCGAUCAAGCUUGGAGGCAGCCCCGUGGCUCCAAUCGAUAAACCAAGCAAUCCAGCGUUGCCUACGCACCCCCUGAUGAUGCCGAAUCCGAUCACGCCCGAGCUGGACAAGGGCAUGCAUCUACAGCAGAUUACGAACCUUUUCCCCCACCCGUUUCCGUUCCUCCCCGGAAUGCCCUUCCCCAAUGGAGCAUUCCCCGCGGCGGCCUUCGGUACCGACCUCUACAGCAGCCUGGCGAUGAUCAAGCCUGUCACGCCGCCCGAGGAGACCACCCAGAAAGUCAGCUAUCUCGCGUCGAAGCGAUUGGCGCUAAAGGACUUCACCGCCUACGUGGAGCACAAUGGCCACCGGAAGGAGAUCCUCAGCAUCACCACGUCGGUCGAUGGCGAUUUGACGGACAUCCCUCUGGACUACCUGAAGGAAUACUUCCAGGCCGAGAUGCCGCGACUCCGAAAAGUCACCCCCGACGCCCUGUUCCUCGUCCGCGGAUGGGCAAACCUCGACUUUGAUGAGGACAACUCCUCAGCCAUGUAUGCGGUAGAUGCUCACUAUGCCAGUGCCGUCCACUAUCCAUCAUUACGGGUACGGACACUCGCACUCUCCUUCGGGAAUGCCGUCGUCGAAAAGGAUGAAGAAAUCCCCGCCUCUCCCACCACCAACGCCUUCAACGGCCAAUACGAGUAUCGGCUGGAGAAAUCGGAAUGGUGCCAAUGGCUGGUCUUGUUCCUCACCCAGCUGAAAGAUUUGGAGUCGAAGACCGAACAGGGAGACGUCCUGAAUAACUUCAGUGUGUUGCAGGAAGUCCGCGGCAUCAAAGAAGACAAAUCCGAAGAAACCCUGCUCGUCUUCGGCCUGUUAAUCGACAUCGGCGCCAACUCGUCCACCUUCUUCAAGCUCACCCAAAAA